UGUUCUGGUGAGCAGAACAGCUGAUGAGAUUGCGCACGCACUACUUGUUUGCACUCAGACGUGCCUCCGCAUAUAGGUUUUGGACCCGUUCUGCUGUCACUCAGGCUGUCCAGGCGCGAGCCUGCCAUACUUUUGCACUCGCAUCUGCGAAGCACUACCCAAUCCGCCACAGCAAUGUUGUUUCGCCUCUGCGCUGUGUCCGCCGCGCUGUUCUUGGGAGCCAGGGGCGCAUCGCUUCGCGCUGAGCCUGCGCACAAUAACGCCUCGAAGCACGCGGCUGUGGACGACGCGGCGAAGAUCGGUGCCCUCCGGGAGAAGUUGCUGAAGAUGUCGGCCGGCCUCAGCAAGAUCGUGGACCCCCACGGGCCGUUGGCCAAGACCGAAUUGGGCCCAGAGAUGGCAGAGUUCAACGCCCGCGUGCACGCGGUUAUCAGCAGCACCGCGGGGAAGGGCGACAGGAAGUCACUCGAGCAGUUGGAGGAGGCGAUGGGCAGCGUGACGGGAUUGGUGAAGGAUCUGAACAAGCAGCAGUCGCGGCUGAUGCAGGAGAGCGAGGAGCAGCAGGACAGCCUGCUCCCGGGCGUGCUGACGACUAAGAAGGGCGAGCCUAUGGACAGCCAACUCGAGAUCCUCAAGGCCCCGGACUUCGCAGGCAUGGCGGUGACCAAGGCGAUCCUGGCCGGGCGGGAUCUGAAGACCCCGCUGUUCCAGCAGGUGGCCAACUUCCCGGACGCCCGCGGCGGCACGGUCGCUGGCGGCACCAAGCGCAGCGGCGCCGCGGCCUCUGGCUUGAGCAGCGCCGCCGUGUCGCAGAUCGUGACCUCGUUGCAGGCGCGCCUCUCCAGUCUCGAGGCGAACACUCGCCACGCCGAGGAGGCACACGCAAACGCCACAAGGAGAGCGAGGGCCCUGGAGAAGUCCAAGGACAACAGGUCCGCGAAGAUCAUGCGCGCCAUCGAGAGGAAGGAGGACCGCAAGUUCCAGAAGAUGUUGGCCAUCCGGCACCAGGACAUCAGCACCAUGAAGGCCGCCAUCACCGCGGUGGAGCACGGCGACAUGCAGGGCCUGGAGCGGGCGAAGGCGGCGCUGGAGAGCUCGAUGAAGAACAUGCAGUCGCACAACAGCGGCUUCCUGGUGCUCAUCCAGGAGGGACUCCGCGCGUCCGGCCUGGACUGCCCGUUCUGCGCCGCGCAGUGCGUGGACAAGUGCCACGAGGCGGGCAAGGCCUACGUCGAGUGCCUCACAGACUGCCAGGACGCGGGCAAGUGAGCCGCCUGCUUGCCCAUCCCUGGGCGGUCCGUCAAGGUGGGGCCGCCCACGGAAGCGUACACGCCCCGUGCCGAGCACCCCCGCGGUGCGAGACGUGGCCGAGAGGCCCGACGCCGAGAGCAUCGAGGAGCGCCAAAUCGAGGUCAAGCGAGACAUAGUCGGCCCGCGCAUCUCCC